AUGGUCAUUUGGCUUGGAGAUUACCCUCCGCAGCCCAGAGAUGGUGUAAUGUCAGUUUUCAUGACCGCUGAGCUGCUCAGCAAGAUCCCUAUGGACGACUUCCCCGGUAAUAACGCCCUCCAAUUCUCGUGGAACCAAAUACCAUCAGUGUAUCUGGAAGCUGUACAAAAAGGAUCUGCGUCGCUGAAUGAGCUUAUUGGAAGAGAUUGGUUCUCACACACGUGGUCCUUGGGGGAUCUAGCAUCCUUCAACAAUAGCAAGGCGAUAAAAGUCGUCUAUGGUUCCAUAUCAUCAACUUGGGAUAUCUUUGCAUCAGCCGCUCUUCGUCUUCGCUAUACUGAGACCGACGAUUGCGAGAAUCUUGGAACAUCCCGUAUCAGAAUCUUAUAUCAGGUGAUUGCGAAGAACUUUUGGGUUUCCAAAUAUUGCGAUAACGAAAAUGACCACAUGGCUCGCUUGGCCCGCUUUUUCGCUAGUGUGCCCAAAAACGGCUCUGCCGAGAGAGUACACUCCAUGCUCACGAAAAUGUGCGAUGGAAGUUUCGGGGCCAGAGACCCUCAUGACAUGAUCUACUCUAUAGUUAGUCUCAUGAGGCCAGACGAGUUACCUUCAAACCUUCAGCCAGACUAUGCAAAGCCUUUUACAGAGGUCUACUGGCGGUAUGCGGUAUUCUUAAUGACAAGCAUCCGAGAUCUUGGCUACCUCCUUUGCUGGAAACGUGAGAUCCCUAUCUUGCCAGAGAUCUCCGGUGUGCCUAGCUGGGUUCCAGACUUCCGGUAUCUCGUUCUCGGAGAAGAUACCCCAAAAGGCAACUUGAUAAUUCGUCAGGAAAAGGAGUUGGAACUGGAGGGGAUUCAAAUAGGCACCGUGGUAGCAGAUGCUUGCACGUUGAAAUUUUCUCCUUACUCCUCGAUUUCCGAACUGUGUACAACAUUGCGCUCAAGUCUCCAGAAGCUGGAUAUCAUAGUGAAGCAAUCAAAAAGAUUGGGAAAUUUGAUAUCCUAUGAUGCCGCUAUCCACCGAUUCCUUCAAUUUAGCCGUCAAUAUAUCGAAAGGCCUUACAUUAUGACCGGGGUCGAAAACAAGGCUCUCUAUUAUUCUUUGAUCGAUGGGAAGAGCUCAGAGUUCCUGCAGUCUGUGGAACAUACGGCGCCUCUCCUUUCGUGGAUGAAAGAAAUUCAUCGUUUCCUCAUUGACCUAACGGUCAUCUUUACAGAGCAAGAUGGAAACGUACAGGCCAGAUUUUGUACCAGAUUGGAUGCCUCUGUCCAACAGGACAACAUUGUUUGCAUUUUUCCGAGUUGUAUUUCGGCACUUCUGCUCCGAGAAAGGGACGGGAAAUACCUGCUCAUAAGCAAGUGUACUUCGGACACUGGUGAGUUUGUGGAUCAGAGGUCUUUCACUGAUGCUGAGAAGAAGCGAUAUGUAUUGAUCUGA